AUGCGUCUGGUCGGCCUUGUUGUGGCUCUCGCCGCUCUGGCAGAGGCUCAACUCCCAGAGACUCCUGGAGCCAAUGGUGAAUCUACCACCACGACUCUGCACCCUCUUCCCUUUGAGACUACUUCGUCCGAGAUUCCUGUGCUUGAUCAGACCACUUCAUCAGAUAUUGCGCUCCCAGAGAUUAGCACAGGUGUUCCGGUUCCUGAUAUUGCAUCUACUUCAACCGAUAUCUUGCCUGAGCUGCCUGAGUCAAAGAGCACCGACAUUGCGGUUGGAGGUACUUCUACUGCCAAUGGCGAGUCGCCUCUUGACUCGACAUCCUCGGGUGAUAUCCCUAUUGAACAGCCCAAUACUGGGACGGGACUGCCCACUGGUCCUGAGACUACGGCUCAACAGCCUCCAGCUAUCGACACUACAACAUCACAGGGGCUCCUAGUAGCAGAGACAACUACUCAGCAACCUCCUGCUCUCAAUACUGCCACAACUGAUCAGACACCUGGUGUCGAGCCUACUAGCCAACAGCCCCCUGCACCUCAGUCAACUACUGAGCAAGGACCUGCUGUUGACACAACCACCCAGCAGCCUCCUGCUCAAGACUCCACAACUGAGCAACUGGCACCUCUGGAUACCACUUCCCAACCUUUUGUUGGAGAAGAGACUACCAGUUCCCAGGCUCCUGUUGUCGUCAUCACUUCCUCAGAACAGCCUGUUAAGGUGCCAUCAACGACUGAGAAGUCUGAGGACCCCAAGCCUACUACUACUACUAAGCAGGAGGAAGCUGAGCCUACUAGUAAAGGCGAUGAGUCUGAUCCUAAGUCCGAAGACUCAGACAAUGAUGACCCCAAGACCAAGGAUGAGACUGAACUUGAGCCCACCACCAAGCAUGAUGAAGCUCCUAUCACAGUUCCUCCUGCUGCUGUCACUGCUGAGCCCCAAGAGACUAUCUCUGGUGUCAGCGAUAACACUCUUCAUAGCACCAAGGAUAGCGAUGGCAAUGAUGUUGUUGUCCCUGUCCUCUUCGGCCCCUCCUGCCUGAUCUUUUGUGAGCAUGCUGGCAAAGACAAUGGUCCUGGCGGUAUUGUUCUUUGGGGUAUUGGGCCUGCACCUGGAAGCUACGUCCUUCCCCCUCUCCCUGGUAUCACUCCUGCUCCAUCAGCUGUCAUCAUCGAGGGAGGUGUCCCAACACCAGUCGGAACUCAGACACCCGAGGAUCCUGAUGAUCAGGAAGAUGAUGACGAUGACGACGACAAGAGUACUGCAGAGGAAGAGACCAAGACUGAAGCUAAGACUACUGAAGCCAAGUCCACUGCUGAGUCUUCCGCAGCUUCCACUACUGAGGCUAGCAUCACUGAGCUGCCUCAACUAUCCAUGGGCGUUGAGACGGUCGUAGUGAACGUUGACGCUACUCCUACCACCGGCGCCACUUCCAGUGAAGUUACAACGGAGGCCACCAGCACUGAAGCAUCUACCCAGACUACCGAGCUUCCUCAAUUGUCUAUGGGCGUGGACACGGUCGUUGUAGACGUCGACGCGACUCCAACCACUGGAGGAACUACUGAGACUUCUGCUACCACUACUGAGACCACUGAGGCUACCACUCAGACAACUGAGCUUCCUGAGCUGAGCAUGGGGGUCGAUACAGUCGUUGUCGAUGUUGAUGCUACCCCUACUACAGGAGGCACUACUGAGACCUCCGCUGAGUCUGCCACUACCGAAGAGUCGAGCACUGAGGUUUCCGAGACCACGAAGACUCGGGAUACCACUACCGCCGAGAUGACGUCGACAGAAGCCACAACUGCUGAGUCUACGACAGCAGGACCUACAUCUACCGAGGCCUCUUUGCAGUCUACUACUCUCGCUACCUCCACCACUACGAAGGGACCUGAACGCGAGUAUCCCUGCAUCAUUCACGCCAAUCCGGGCAUCGACCCUUACUGCGCCUGUGAGACUACAGUCAGUGGCAAGGGCUUCUAUGUUUCCACUGAUCUGAUCUCAUCGUCUUGCGCCGACUACACGACCUUCCCGUCCUCUAUCGCGACUGAUGCCUUUGAGCCCAAGGUCACCGAGAAGCCCGACCCAGAGCCUUUCGUCAAGACCGACGAUGGCACCGUGGUUUCUUACCCCGACCGCACAGUCAAGAUUGGAAACUACCCUGGUGGAAAGUAUACUUACACCCAGGGUGUCGGAGACGGCGUCACGCUCGAGACUCCUUUGCCCACGCAGACCGAUGCGAACAACAAGGGGUCUAGCCAGUGCGGCAGCAUCGACGAUGCAUGCGACCGUGCUUUGAACGAUGGUUUCGAUGAUGAGACGACAUACACGGACUAUGUCUCGCGCUAUGCUAGGAUCAAGAGCGGUAUGAUCAUGCUCGCGUCGUUUGGCCAAGCUGGUUGCACGGCGCAGUUCAAGUGUGAUGACUAUGGUCUCGGAAUGAAGGGCAAGGAUAUCAAGGAUGCUGUCCAGCACAUGAAGGAUAAUGAUGGAGUGGGCAAAUGUGGAACAGCUUAUCUAUCCAACACGUGUCAUAUCACACUGAACUACUGCACCAAUUGUCGGCCUCUUGCGUCCAACUGCCGGUUGCUUCAGAUGCCCAACGAGAUCCUGGCCAAGAUCGUCACGUUCGUCGCUCAAGACAAGGAUGCCUUGCAAGAGCUUGCCCUCGCCAUGCUUCUGCUCCAACUCGCCAAGGGGACGAUUGAGGGCCGCACCGGUCCCGGCAUCUUAGACUGUGUGCGGAAAUUCACAUUCAAGCCCGACCCAUACCAGGUUCGCGCUGUUCACAAUGGCGUCUGGCGCAGGUUCCAAGAAGAUCGCGGCGAAGAGUACGGAGGAACUUCUGAAAUUAAGGAACAAGGUGCAGAGAUCUUCAAACUGAUCCAACAUACUGUCGCCCUCAAUCUCAAGGCCAUGCGCAACCUCGAGACCCUGGUCUGGGAUUGUAAUUUCUCACUAGCUAAAAACACCUGGCUGCUCAUGGCCUGCUCUACAGCCCAUAACCUUCUUAUCAACGACUCCCUCAUCGCGGAGAGUUUUUCUCUAGGGCCUCCUCUGACCCCGCCGUCCUGGCCUUGGCGAUCACUCGCUCUGAUGAAUGCCAGGUUGGUGGGCUCCUGGGACCAAGAGAAUAGUCAACGUGGCGUACCACUGCGACCUAACCCCACCCAGGGCUUCUUCAAAAGUCUUUUCCAGCUUUGCUCCCCAACUCUCGAAUCACUGACCUGGGAGAGUUGGCAUCCCGAGGCUUGGGAGCCUCUCUCUCUUGGGACGUCCUUUCCCAAACUGCGAAAGCUCCGAAUCAGGCCCGGUCUCGAUGUAAUGGAUAGACCAAGCUUUGCUGCUUUCCCUUCUGCGCCACUCAAGUCCCUUGAACUGGCUCACUCGUCUGUUCGGUUAUUUGAGGAUAUCAUUCGUCCCCAUGCCGAAGAGCCAUAUCGGGAUCUUGAGGAGCUUGUUGUCGACUUUGCUGAUAAUAUGCAGCUUAUCACAGAAUUGAUCCUCAAGCAUAAUGGCUUGAAGAAGCUUUGGGUGACUCAAAGUUACUAUAUGUCGGGUCGUGAUAAUUCUUUCGAUCGAGUCUUGAUCCCUGGCCUUGGAAAGGGUCGAUUCAAUAACCUCCGCUCCUUGUAUAUUAAAUGGGGUGGUCAAAAUAAGGAUGCUGGCCACGGCAAAGACCAUUUCGGCAUCCCGUCGGAAUCCCUAGCGGCUAUCUGCGAGCUUACAACUCUGGAGCAGUUGGGCCUACGCUGCGAUGAAAUGACACCUGAGUACACCUCUUACGAGGACUACACAGACGAGACCUACCCCAUCUGGCCCAUCGACCAUGGAAAAAUGCAAGCUCGUCUGCAAAGUCUCAAGAACCUUAGGAUGCUGGCUUUUGCGAACGCAGAAGAUUUCCAGACGGCCAAGGAUCACCCGGAGCUUGCUCCCUACGUGGAGAAGGGUCGAAGCGAUGCAAGGAUAGCGUGGUCGUACGCACAUUUGUAUCGCAUGCUUGAGUAUGCAAGGGGUUACCGAGCAGUGUUGCCAAAGCUCGAAUGGAUCCUUUGUGGGCAACGUCCGAUGAAAUUCGUCGAGGAAGCGCAGGGGGUUGUCCAGCCCUAUCCCGUCGGUAAAGAGAGGGACGAAUGCAGAUCAUUCAUUAGAAGAGUUUUUGGUCUUGCUUCUGAGGUUGAAAUAGCACAUAUAAGGGACUAA